CUGGGCUGGGCUAGCUCCUUGUGCCUGGAGCACAGAGGUGUGUGGAGCCUCCGGAGGCAGCUCAGCAUGGUGGAGUUCGCACCUCUGCUGGUGCCAUGGAGGCGCAGAUUGCAGACCCUCGCAGUCCUGCAGUGGGUCUUCUCCUUCCUGGCCUUGGCCCAGAUCUGCAUCGCCGUCUUCAUAGGCCUCCUGUUCACCAGGUUCUGGCUCUUCUCCGUCCUAUAUGCCACCUGGUGGUACCUGGACUGGGACAAACCGAGAAGAGGAGGCCGGCCCAUCCAGUUCUUCAGACGCUUGGUGAUCUGGAAGUACAUGAAGGACUACUUCCCUGUCUCUUUGGUCAAGACGGCUGAGCUGGACCCUUCCCGGAACUACAUCGCGGGCUUCCACCCUCAUGGAGUCCUGGCUGCAGGAGCCUUUCUCAACCUGUGCACUGAAAGCACGGGCUUUUCCUCACUCUUCCCAGGAAUCCAUCCUUACCUGAUGAUGCUGACUUUGUGGUUCCGGGCCCCCUUCUUCCGGGAUUACAUCAUGUGCGGGGGGCUGGUCACAUCAGAAAAGGAGAGUGCUGGUCACAUCCUCAACAAGACAGGUGGCGGGAACUUGCUAGCCAUCAUCGUAGGGGGCUCCCAGGAGGCACUGGACGCCAGACCUGGAGCCUACAGACUGCUCCUGAAGAAUCGCAAGGGCUUCGUCAGGCUCGCCCUGAUACAUGGGGCAUCGCUCGUGCCAAUCUUCUCCUUUGGGGAGAACAACCUGUUUAACCAGGUUGAGAACACCUCUGGCACCUGGCUACGCUGUGUCCAGAACCGACUGCAGAAGAUCAUGGGCAUCUCCCUCCCUCUCUUCCAUGGCCGUGGUGUCUUCCAGUACAGCUUCGGCCUCAUGCCCUUCCGCCAGGCCAUCACCACCGUAGUGGGGAAGCCCAUUGAGGUGCAGAUGACACCACAGCCCUCAGAGGAGGAGGUGAACCAGCUUCACCAGCUCUACAUCAAGGAGCUAUGCAAGCUCUUUGAGGAACACAAACUCAAGUACAAUGUCCCUGCUGACCAGCAUCUGGAGUUCUGCUAAGUGCCUCCAGCCAGAGGACAGCUGCAUCUGAGAGCCUGCAGGAGUGUUGCCCGGAGAGGGGACUUCCACGAAGCAGUGCCCAGUGCACUGGAGGUGCUGUGAGGAGAGGGGCCUUCCACAGCCACCCUGAACUCCUACGAAUCCAGGCAAGAUGGAAGAGGAGGCAGCUCCUAGCCCUGGCAUUUGCACCUACAGCCAAAGCUCUGAGGUCUCCCUGUCCUUGGCUUGGCUGUCCAUCUGUAGGAUGGGGGGAAAAAAGAAAUCUCUAAGGUCUCUACCCACUGUAAUAACGUCACUCAGACAUGACCAAAGGACAGCAAGGGGAAAAGGGAACAAAAUUCUCCUUCCCUAUCUUUGAGUGACAAUGCAAAAGAAGCCAGCACCCCAGGCCCCCCCUGAACAUGCCCCUCAUCCUGCUCCCUGGAUGUCCCUUCUUCCCCUGUGAGCUGGAGAGGAGAGUUAGCCAUGUAUGCCCUGGUACCCGCCCUCCGUUUCUUCCAGAUUCUGUGUCCUCUAAGCGAUGACAUCGAUACCAAAGGAGUCCAGAAGGUGGUUAAGGAAGGCAACGAUACCAAAAGAGCCCAGAAGGUGGUUAAGGAAGGCAAGAGCUCAGUCCUCCUUAACUACCUGACUGUGACUGAGGUUAGGCCUCCUUGUCAUCCUUCUAAGUCUCAGUUUCCCCAGCCUUGAUGACCUGGGAGCCUCAGUGCUCACACCACAAGGGCUCCAUUAGGGAGCCUCUCACUCAUGCUUUAAAACCAACUCCAGCCACUGUUUGGCACAAAAGGGCAGCUGCAUACAUGUUACCUCAAUAAAUGAAACUAUUCUGUUUCA